AUGAUUUACAACUCAGCAAGCAAAACCAAGGGCUCAGCAGGGCCACCGGGAAUGGACUCGGAGCUUUAUAGGAGAAUCCUUUGCUCUAAGAACUUUAAGACUCAGGGUAAAAUCCUAAGAAUAGAGAUAGCUGUGUUCACGAGAAAUCUGUUUAAAAAAUCGUACCAUCCAUCUUUACUCGAAGCCUUUACAUCUUGCAAGCUCAUCCCGCUCGACAAGAACCCUGGAAUCAGACCAAUCGGUGUUGGAGAGGUCCUGAGGCGAAUAGUGGGAAAAACGGUCAGUGAUUUCUUAGAGGAGGAAAUAAAAGAAGCGGCAGGUCUCCUACAAGUUUGUGCUGGUCAUAAUGAAGGAGUGGAGCCUGCGAUACAUGCAAUGAGCCGAGUGUUUCAAGAAGAAGGAACAGAUGGGAUUCUGCUGAUCAAUGCAAGUAACGCCUUUAACCAAAUGAACAGGUCAGCGGCUUUGCACAAUAUCCAGAUCACGUGCCAAGAAAUGGCGCUCUAUAUAAUUAACACCUCUAAAAGUCCAUCUAAACUGUUUAUCUGCGGUGGAGGUGAAGUACUUUCACAAGAAUGCAGUACGCAGGGGUAUCCCCUGGCGAUGCCAUGGAACUCAGUCAAUACAUCUAUAAUGAUUGAGAAUCUGAGAGCGCACUGCCCGAUCGUUAAACAGGUGUGGCUUGCAUACGACUCUGCUGGAGGAGAGAGAAUCGCCCAGUUGUAGGACUGGUACAAGCAAUUGAGUAAAGAGGGAGAAAAGUUUGGAUAUCUCGUGAACGGGUCAAGGAGCUGGUCAGAGAGCUGGCUAAGUCUUAAGUCUGAGGCACUUGCAGAUGGAGCAAAGAGGGUGUUUGGAGAUAAAGUCAAUAUAACAACUGAAGGUUAGCGCCAUCAAGGAGCAGUCAUUGCGUCACAAGAAUACAAAGAUCAGUAUUGUGAGGAGAAAAUUCUCAUAUUGAAAGAGGAAAUCGAACGGCUUUCCGAAAUUGCAAAGAGUCAGCCUCACACAGCGUACAUUGCCUUCACAAAAGCGUACAAGUCAAAGUUCACCUACUUCAUGCGCACUAUAGAUUCGUUUGAGGAUUAUGUCGAUCCAAUCCAGGAGGCGAUUGACGACCUACUUCUUCCGACUUUGUUUGGUCAAUCAGAGCCUCUCCCUAACGAGGUACGUUAGUACCAAGUGUUACCAGAACAAGACAACAUCUGAAGUAUUCAAGGAGCAAGAGGACGAGAAGAAACGCAAGAACCAGCAGCGGUUGCUAGAUGCAGAGAUGGGUUCAUUCACACCUUUAGUGUUUAGAAUCAAUGGCGGUAUGUGAAAUGAGUGUCAGCGUUUCCUGAAGCAUCUUGCAGAUAAGAUAGCUUAGAAGGACACCGAGCCGUAUAACACCGUUAUCUCAUGGCUCAGGACACAAAACUCUUUCGAACUUCUACGAUCGGUACACGCAUGCGUGAGAGGUUCACGAACGCCUUUUCACAGCAAGAUAGAAUACUCCUUAGACUGCAAAAUAAACGUCGUAAAG